AUGGAUGAAGAGGAUAGAAAUAAUGAAAUAAAAAAUUUUGUUUCUGAAAUGUUAAAAACUUUCAAUAGCUUCAAUGAGACAGAUAAUUAUAAAUCAACUUUUCCGUGGGACGAAUUCGAUAAAAAAUUAAGAGAUCAUCGAAUGAAUAAAAAUAAUUCGCUAUCAUUACUUCCUCAUAUAAUUUUUCAAGAUUUGAGACUAGAGCUUAACAUUUUGGAGAGUUUAAUCCAUCGUUUCUUUAAAAACAAAGUCAGCAGUCAUAUUGAUGAUAUUCAAAAUUUAUGUUCAUUUCCGUUAUCUCAUACAAUAUCUCAGUCGAAGUUGACGUAUUCUUACAUCGAAGAAAGUUAUAAAGCAUUGACGGGUGAGAUUGAAAGAAGAGAAGCUAAAUCAGAAACUACGGAUGUUGAUUGUGAUGAACAUUUAUUUUUACAAGAUUUGUAUGAGUUAUCUAAAGAAAUACUCAGAGGGUUUGUCUUGAAAUUUUUUCGCUCGUCAAUUGGACUUAGUUUAAAAUCUAAAUGUACCGUAGAGAGUGAGGAGAACGUUAAAAAAAAAUUACUUCACCAAAGAAAUCAUUUCAUGAAUAAUGUUACAAUGUUCAUGAAUUUUACGCGUAAUUAUCUAGGAAAUUUUUCCGAGUAUCUCUAUGCUUGUGACUUUAGUAAUCAUACUCGAGACAAAACGUACAUCGAGUUGGAAAGAAUGUACCAAGUAAUGAUUGAAAAUGAAUUUUAUUUAGACAAGGAUGGAAGUUGUUCGUAUAAUUGUAACACAAAAGGUGAACAUUUUAAGCCUCACGUUGAUUAUAUGUGCAAGGACUUAGAUUGUCAAUAUAUGGGUGCAAAGUUUGAAAUUUGUCAGUUGGAUGAUGAUGUAAGACGAUAUCAAUGGUUUAAAGAUGGAAAUAAUAAUGUUUAUGGCAAUAAUACUAAUUGCUCAGGAAAAAUGGUAACGUAUAACAGUUGGUAUCAAUGGACAACUCGUUAUUGUGAUUAUUGUCUUUGCGUUUGUACUGCCAAGCUUCACAGAGAAGUCCAUAACGAAAUCACUGCCAUAAGCUUCCAAGAUCAAGUUUCUGAUACUGACAGUAGCAAGGUUGUUCUGGACUUGAAAUUUGUCAUAAAAAAUAACACAAUUUACGUCGAAAUAAAAGAAGGAAAGCUUUUGCCCCAUGGCAAGAUAGAUAACAACAGCGUAGCAUGGAAAGCACUUGAUAAUUGUACUAUUUUUGAUAACUUCACAUUUUGCACUUAUCCACCACUAAAUGGUCUAGCAUAUGGUCUUACAACAGCAGUAAAAGAUUUCGGUUAUCCAGAAUAUUUAAAUUUAGAUGACAUAAAAGCCUCUACAGAAUCGAUCGUGACAGGAGUUCGAUUUCGAUUUGCUGGUGAUUUCAACACUCAUCCAAGGUAUAAAAACGGUUCGGUAGAAAUGCAGAUUCGUUUAACGGACUUUGAUUACCUAACGGGAAAAUUAUCCAAGAACCAUGUCUGGAUUUCUUCAAACAAUAAACAGAACAAAACAGAGUUGUUACUUCCAAACCCGGAUAAUCCAAUAAAAUCUCCAAAAAACAUACCAAAUUUGAAAGGAAAUCAAUUUGUUAAGUUCAAAGUAUCGGAUUUGAAAAAAGAUGCAGGACAAUCAACUGUCCCUUUUUUUGAUGCACGGCCAGUUGAAAGCAAAGUGUUAUUUCCACUGAAAGGAAUUGGACUAUUUCAUCGCGGCUAUGAAGGCUUCGGGGGAUUUAUUGCUUUUAAACUUUUCAUUAUAAGUCCGCAAGAGUACAUGAAUACUGACCUAGGUGUUACUAACAGCGUGACACCUGCAUCCAUUAACACUGAUUGGAAUAUCUUCUCAGGACUAAAUUGGCCGUAA